CUGUUGGUGGUGCCCAUCCACGCCACAGCCUAUCCCGGCAGCAGCCGCUCACUCGCCGUCUCUACUCCGAUGUAAUUGUUGCUCCUGCUCCCAAAUUCCCGCCGGUCCAAUCUCCGAAAUGACGCCGGCGUCGCGCGAUUCCGUGCCGGACGCGAUUCCACACGUCGACCUAAGCAAGCUCACCCAGUCGGAGCUUCUCGCGCUCUCCCUCUGCUCCUGCUCCGCCUUCGACACCCGCCGCACCGAGGACCUCGUCCUACCCCAAGUUGACCGCUCCCUCUUCAACGAAUCCGCCGGAAGCAGGCGCCAGACCUACUCUCGCCUCCGCCGUUACCACCACCGCAACCACCGCCCUACUCGUUUCCCUUCCAACCCAAUUUCCUCCGCUGACCCUUCCAACCGAGCUGUAGUCCAUUACCUCAAAUACUUCUUGAGAAAUCCCGAUUCUGACUCUCCCCCACCUCCACCACCUCCUCCUCCGUCUUCUCGCCCAACACAGCCGCUGGCUCUGCAGCAAAUUUCCGGGCUUCUGGCACAAACAGGGAAUGGAAAGAGGAAACAAGGAACCAAAGAUGAUUUCUAUGUGAAGCCGAGGGUACAGGCGAGUGGUGUGGAUAAUGAAUUGGAGCUAAAGAAUAAGAACAAUGUGGUGGUUGAUUUUACAACAAUGGAGAAUAAUGGGGAUGGAGUAUUUGGUGAGGAAUUGAGGAGGAGAACUAUUGGGUUGGAAAGUGAGGGGGAUGCUUUAGGUUUCUUGAGUAGCUUGGAGGGGCAAUGGUGUAGCCGGAGGAUGAAGAGGAAAUAUGUUGAUGCUAAUGAUUUCGGGGACACAUUACCAGUUGGUUGGAAGCUGUUGAUAGCCCUUAGAAGACGGGAGGGGCGUGUCUCCGUGUAUUGCCGCAGAUAUGUAAGCCCUACCGGUCAACAGUUUCUAUCAUGCAAGGAAGUAGCAGCCUUCCUGCGAUCCCACUUUAUGUCAAUUGAUGCAAAUCAGGUCACAGAUCACAGGCCAUCACCCAUUAUGCAACUCACUGGUUCAAACUCUGAAAAUAAUGUAGGUUCUCUCCCUGGUGAUGAUACUGGAAACCAUGACUUGGAUGUCCAUUCAGUGACUGAGACACAAGGUAAUGAACUUUUUCUGGAGGGGAUUGAUAUCCUUCCUGAUGUUCUGCUUAAAGACCUCUUUGAGUGUUAUAAAUGCAACGUGAGAUUUCAUGAAAAAGAUGCAUAUUUGGAGCAUCUGUUAUCGUUUCACCAGCACACCACAAAAAGGAUAAGAACAACGCCAUCUGUUGGUGAGGGCAUUAUAAUUAAAGACAGAAAGUAUGAAUGUGAGUUCUGCCACAAGGUAUUUGAAGAGAGGAGUGCUUAUAAUGGCCAUGUAAGAAUCCAUGUAAGAAACAAUGUUAAAGGUUUUGAAGGAUUAUAUUCGGAGAAAAGUGUUGAUGCUCCCCAGCCUCAUAUUGGCCUUCCUAUAAAAACAUCUAGAAUGGAGGCUUUAAUUGAUAUAGGUCAAAAUUCCAUUUCUGAAACUAGAGCUCCUGAUACAUCCAACACGCACUUGUUAUCUGGCAUUGUAAAUUCAAAUGAAGUAAUGGCUGCGAGUACUGACAGAGAGAUUGAGCCAAGAACUGAUCCCACAGAGGUUGAUUUGGUUGAUACAAAUACUGAGAGAACAUUGGAUCAUGGUGCAAAUCAGUGCGAUGAAGAAACUGUAAAGAGUUGUGAAACACAGACUACUGAAGUUAAUCUGACUGAAUCUUCAAAAUAUAAUUGUGAGCACCCUGAGGUUGAAAACAUGCAAAUAUAUGAUCCUCAAGAGCAUGAUGCAGGCCUUCGCGAAAACACGCACAAUGAGCCAAACAAUCCUGUUGUUGUACCGGAGACAACCCAGAUGACGCUUAAGGAAAAUGUAUUUGAUGAAGGGGUAACUGACUCUACAAUGGCUAUUUCUCAAACAUUAGACGACUUUGAUACAUUCACAGUUGGGGCAAAUAAGGAACAGGAUGGAUUUUGUGUUUUGAAAAUUGAGAAUGAAAUCAGCUUUGAGGAGCUAACGCUGGAUGAUAUCGAGCCAUUUAAAUUUGAUUUUUCCGAGGGGCAUGAUGGAUGUGGGAUGGAAGUUGCUUUUAACAACUCCUCCCUUGGAUUUGGUUCAGGGGAAGCAGCUGUAUUAAGCAUGGGUAAGACACACCAGCUUACAACUGUGUGUGUAUGGUGCAGAUCGGAGUUUAUUUUGGAAGCUUUUGAAUCAGAAACUCAAUCCGACUCUAUUGGGUAUAUGUGCCCAGAAUGCAAGGCCAAAAUUUCAGGCCACUUGGAAAACGGUCUUUCCUUGAGUUCCCAUGGGUUCUGAUCUUCCGAUGGUGACACAUGUGAAAUGUCUUAAUUUAUGAGUGUGCUAUAUUAGGCAAUAGUCUUCUGAGGGAGUGAUUUGUUAUAAUAUACGGAGUAUAUUAGCGCGUGUGACUAUAGUCGGGCAACCUUCCAGAAUGUGGGGAUUUUUGUUUCGUCACUCUGUGCAUUAUUAAGUUUUCAUAAAUGUCAGUAGAAUAGCACUUAUUUUAGGUCGACCGUUUAUGCUAUCAGACUAAUAUAUACAGAGAUGAAUA